AUGGAAGAAGUGCCGGCCAGUCCUGUUGCAGUAAAGCGCAAGAAAUUCCGUCGCAAGUUAGGCCCAUUGUUUAAACGCUCCAAAGAAACAGUGGGUUGUGAAAGUUUUAUCGAAGAAUCAUCGUGUGAACAACUUGCAGAGUUGUCUACUAGAGUGAAUAUGGAUGUGACUGAAAGUGAUACAUGCAAGCGUAAACUGUCCACGUUUUACUACAAUGAAAAUGUCGAUGAAGUAGAGACGGUUCAAGCAAACCCAUUGGCGUCGGCUAUACUGUUGGAAAAAGCUACCUCCAUACAGUUACAGGGCCGAAUUCCAUCACGUGAAUUCAUUGCAUCUUCCAGCGAAGCGUUCUUAACAGUGGGUGAACUAGCCAGACGAACUCGAUCCAUUUGUAAAAGUGACAAUGUAAACCCGCAAGAAGCCACAAAACCGCAUAAUUAUAGUUUCACCCAGAUGGAGAUCGACACUCAAAUGAUCGACAUAUUCGAGGCAGCUGAACUGUUGACUGGGUCGGCGUCAGUGAAUCCGCAACCAAAGCCGGUCAACGGUAAAGCAUCGAAUUGUGGUGCAAAUAAAACCCCAACAAAGCUAAUUUUCAAUGAUCAAGAUCCUUCAACCGUUCAGAAAGAUACAGCAACAGGUACCCGUACCAUAGUACAAACAAUAUUGGAUGAUUUUACGCUUGAUGAAGGCGAACAGUGUUCGUUGGAGGUAGAUUUUUCCAUGAUCGAAUCGGAAAAUUUGCGAAGAAGAUUAAUUCAGUUGCGUGAUUUAAUCGCAAGUCCACCAAAGCCCGUAAAACGCGAACUGAGUUGUCGACAGUACGGGCGAAGGAAGCAAAAAACGAAAGAGCAAUUGCUGGCACGACGGUUAAGCUACGACACGGAUGAUUCGUCCAAGGAAGGCCAACCGUUGAGUGACGAUGAGUCUGAAACAUCCACCGUACACAACACAGCCGAUAAUAGCGACGGUGACGUUUCGAUGGAUGGGAUGGUUCUGAACGAAAGUGUCCUUAUUCAAGCAAAUUUGACACAACUUUCCGCAUUCUUUUCACAAGCAGGUACGAGCCAGGACGAAGAAUGCGGGGAACGAAGAAACCGAAAGGAAAACAAAUCGACUUCGCUCGAUCGAGAGCUAUCAUUUUUCGGAUUUGCUUCUCCUAUUUCGUUACCAUCGGAUAGAACAUGUUCUCCCAAGACUAUUCAUUUAAAUUUUGCCUCUUUGAGCGAUAUGGACGAGAAAAGUUUACACGCAGCAGAAGAGCUAAACGCGGGCUCUGCUGAAGAACCAAUCACCAUGGAGCAACUGCUGGAAGAUGAUGAAGAACUGUUCAUGUUAGCUCAUCAUUCGAUGGACAAACAGCAGAAGGAUCCUAUAAGAACGCAUUCAGAUGCUGGAACAUAUUCUGUUGAAAGAGAAAUCAGUCCGGAAGCUGCUGUGUUAGUUAAUUCCCUGCACAAUUUCAACAAAGUCAUUGAUGGUACUGCGAUAGAUGACUCUGAUGAAGUAUUGCUGAAAGCUCAGGCUAUGUUUGCUGAAGUAGAGGCUGGGCAUAAACAUGAUCAAAUACACUUGGCACACCAGAGUUUUGUAGAAGCGGAAUGUUUGGAAACGAAUGAUCUUAAAAGUUCAUACAAUUUCCAAGAACCCGUCAGCACUAAAACGUCAAUGAAAACAUUCAUAGACGAAAAUCGUGCAUUACCCACGAAUAAACCCUUCAGUGGAGGAUUUUGUACGGCUGGUGGAAAUAUGAUUGUCAUAUCGAAAAAAGCUCUGGAAAAUGCUCAGAAAAUGUUCGCAGAAGAAGAAGCAAAGCUUCAACAGGAAAAGCAAUCAGUGGAAGCUGGUCCACCUUCAGAAGCUAUAUUUAACGAGCCUAGUCGAACUGGUUUUUCCGGAGGGUUCAGUACUGCUAGCGGUAAUUCAAUAUAUGUCUCGAAGAAAGCUCUCGAAAUGGCACAGAAAACGUUUGAUGAGGAUGAAUCGAAAACGGAGGAUGAAACCACAACCCCAAACGUAGCUCUAGCUCACGGAUGUUUUUUCAGUACUGCCGGUGGAAGUAAGAUAUCUGUAUCGGAUAAGGCCUUACAAAGUGCCCAGGCAAUGUUUGCCGAAGAAGAAGCUAAAAGCUUCGGAAAUGUGCCAACGAUUGAAUCGAUUGGACCAUCCGUUUUUGACGGAGGUUUUAGUACAGCUAGUGGCAAUAUGAUUGCCGUCUCGAAAAAAGCUCUUGCAAAGGCACGCGAUACUUUUGAUGAGAAUGAGCCAAUUGAGGUAGACAACGAAGGAGAUGUUAAUGUGGCAGGUGGCAAUAUCGAUAGUAUACCAGGCAAAUUGAAAGCAGAUGAUGAAGCUAUACAAUCCCAAAGAAAGAUCCACGAUGAAAAUAUUAGGUCCACUUUUGGAGCGUUUAGUACAGCUGGUGGAACUUCCAUAACAGUCAGCAAAGCUGCUCUAGAAACGGCGAAACAAUUAUUUGAGCAAUAUGACUCAAGUGUGGGCAAAGAGAACUUACCGCAUAAUGAGGCAUCUUUCAAUGGAGGUAUUAGUACUGCUGGUGGUAGCAAGAUUGCUGUAUCCAAAACUGCACUCGAAAAAGCACAUAAAACAUUCGUCGAAUUGGAAGAUGUUCAUUCUGUUACAGAGCGUAAGGACGAUGUAACGAAACGAACGGGUUUCGGUGAAGGUUUCAGCACAGCGGGUGGUAGCUCAAUUGCUGUCUCCAAGAAAGCCCUCGAAAAGGCACAAAAAGCGUUUGACCAAGACGAGACAGAUGCAAUGCUCGAUAAAGAAAACAUUACCAGUAAUGUUCCAGCUUUCACCGGUGGCUGUGAUACGGCAAGCGGUGGUACCAUUUUCGUGUCGCUGAAAGCAUUAGAAAAUGCAAAGAAAAGGUUUAUUGAAGAUGAAAGUGAGAUGAUCCCCAAUGAAAUCUCAGAACGAAUAUCAAGUACCAAUUCUACGAAAAAUGUAUUUGCCCACGACGCUUCAAGAUCUGAUGGAAUGCAUUCGUUUCCUUUGUUCAAUCGUGCAAGUGGGGCUGCCAUAGCGGUAUCAUCAGAUGCUCUUGAAAAGGCGAAACAACUAUGGAAAGAAUUGGAGGAUGAGGAGAAAGAUAAAGCUGGGAUAACUCCUCACGCGAUGGAUGUUUGUGCUGUCGAAGCAAAGCAUUUGGAAGCCGCAAGCGAUCAAGAUGAAAACUAUCGUAAGCGAAAGCUGUCACUUUCGAAAGAUGAAGCGAUAUUAACUCCAAUGAAGAAACAACGCAUAAAUCAUCUUCAGCCGGCAUUCCAAACUAGCACACCAGCAGCACCGAUUAUAGUCACGAAAAAAGCGGAAUCCUCCGAAGUAUCCGGGAAGUCCACGGGUGAAUCGACAUCCGCACAAGAUGUGGAUGAUUUUUUUGCACAACUCGAUGAUAACGAAUUUCAGGAACUAUUUGCUGUCCAGCAAACGGUCGGAAGGAAGCAAAAUAAGCUGCUUUCUAAGUUUGAGCAAUGUACCAACACGAUACCAAUCAAACCUCCUGCCAAGUUGACCGGUUCCGAUUGGGAUGAUAGUUUUACGGAGAUCCUGCCGAACCUUCCUGCGUCGGAUGAAUCGAAUGUAAAUCUUGCCCCAACUUUCCUAAGGCCACCAGUAGCAGUACAACAGCAACGAAGGGAAGCUUUACAAAAGCAGCUGCUGUACAUCGAAAACAAACCGGAAGUUGCAUGCAGACCACGAUUGUUCGAUUUUUGUAGUAAAAAACUACAACCGAAGCGUGUUGGAUUGAAGGAGUACGUAGAAGGAAACGGUCCACAGUUAGCACAAGUGUCCACUCUUGCGAUGAAUGUGACUCAGGAAAAUGUUAUGCAGUUUCGUUUCAAUGUGGCAAAUUAUUAUGGGGAAACCUUUAGUAAUAGCAAUGCAAUUGGCAUUCCUAUUGGAACGGAUGGAAAAGAAGGUUACUUACUGAUAGAUGUCAAUUCAACGCUAGGAGUGGAAGAGUUCAAGCAUUCACUGCUUGCCUCGCCUGGCAUUGAUCCUCGACUCGUGCCGAAAGGAUGGGUCGAAAAUGGAUGGCGCUGGAUUGUGACGAAACUGAGUGCUUUGGAGCGUAAUUUUAGCACCUACUUCCAGGGUGUCCUUUCGCCGGAAAAUGUGUUCCACCAGUUGCAGUAUCGCUAUUAUGUAGAAAUCGAUUCCGCACGUCGACCAGCUUUGAGGAAGAUGCUCGAAAAAGAUGAUAUUCCAAGCCGUCGAAUGGUGCUGUUCGUUUCAAACGUUUUUCAUAAUGUUGGACCUGCCGGAACGGAACUGGAACUCUCCGACGGAUGGUACAGUGUGCGUACCGAGAUUGAUGCCCCACUAGUGGAGGCCGUACGCUGUGGUAAAGUUGCGAUCGGUACCAAAUUAAUGAUCCAGGGUGCGGAACUGUUAAACCACAAGGAUGGUUGUUCGCCGUUGGAAGUACCGCCGGAUGUGCGGUUGAAAAUCUGCACUAAUUGCACGAGACGAGCCCAAUGGUCUGUGAAGUUGGGUUACUUCCGACGUCCAGUACCGUUCCCGAUCGAGUGCAACACCAUUCACGAACGGGGUGGUUUGAUCGCUCGUGUUCGGGCGAUCGUCGUUAGAGUGUAUCCACUGAUGUACGUAGAAAAGUCUUCGAAUGAUGCGCAAGGAUCGGUUCUACGAUCGGAGCGCAUGCAGCAAAGGCACAGCAGAAGGAACGAUGCGAACCUGUUGGAAAAUUUGCACAAACUGUACAACCGUGUGCAGGAAGAAAUUGAACGGGAACGGGCGGCUGUAAGCUUGAACAGAAACAUCCGUGUGACGGAGAGUACAACAACGGUCGAACUACAAGAGUAUCUUGAAAAUGGGCUCGAUGUUUCGUUUCUCGAUAUCGAACUUACACACUCCCAUCAACUUGUGAUAGAACAGUUCCAGCAGCGGAAACAGCAAGAGCUGCAGGAUGAAAUUAAUCGGCGCGUGAAGGCUCAGCUUGAGAAGAGUGUUGGUCGUCCAACGGUUACGGCUCUACUUAAAGUUCGGCUGAUGGAUCGCUUCCGACCGGAACGAUCGUUUCUACUCUCGAUUUGGCGCCCCAUUGACGAGGUACGCCGUGUGCUGCAGGAGCAGAGCUUAAUUGAGUUCAGUCAUUUGACAGCUCAUGGGACAAAGAAUAACGAUGUACAGCUGACAGCUCAUAAGACCAGUGCGUACAGAGAAGUUUCACGGGUAGCAGGACACGAACUUCCAUCUGUGCAUCAGGGGCCUUUGAUUCGUACCAUUACUCCCAUCGGUACGAUUGAUGUCAUUAACUUUCGUCCCUCGUUCGGGGAGUUUGAUACGAUCGGUGUGGUUGUACUCGUAGGGACGGCCGAAUCGAAAAAGUUUCAAUCCAUCUAUCUCGCCGAUACGGCAAUGGAUUUGUUGUGCAUCAAUUUCUGGCACGGGCUGACUGAGUAUGCUUAUGACGAUGUGAUCCGGGAGCGUAAGAUCCUUUGCAUAGCCAACCUACAGUGGCGUACAUUCAGUCGUCAAACGCCAGGCAUACCCCAAUCGUUUGCUACCGAGUUCACGACCUUUACGGAAAAUCCACGCGAAGAGCUACUGCGCGGUGAAAGAGAUCGAUUCCAGCUGCAGUUAGACGCGAUCGAGCAGGACCAGUUUUUCCAACGCUGCCAGGAACGUGUUGGUGAGCUGCUGAUGAACUCGAGCACCGGUAGCAUCGGAACGCCAUACCUUCAGCGGUCUGUGAGCCGGCUGCAACAUUCAACGCCGCUAGGUGGGAACAGCGCCACGAAACAGAAAAUCGAAACGCUAGCAUCGAUUUACGCCAGUCCACCGAAGAUGUCGCCAAUAGUGAUAGGGCGGAAUCCGAAUCUUCGUAGGGGAUUCAAAACACCGGCCCGGCUGGAAGAACGGGAGACGGGAGAUCGUAUGAAUUGACUGUUUAUAUUCGAUGAUACACUUUUCGCUGUUUGAUUAGGAUCGGAUGUUAUGCAGUGUUCGUUUUAUGGGAAAUAGAUGUU